UCACAGGUAGAACCAUGUUGUUGGAUGACAUACACCACGCAUAGAGAUACCCAGGAAACACUACAAGCACUGGACAGUCUCGACCUUGACACCAACAAACCAACACAAGAAGAAAUUUUCAAAAAAUUCGGAUUAGAGAGUGACCACGAAAACGACUUUGCAGCCACCAAAACCGGAAAUGGAAACGGCAAGGGCGGGUUUUUUAUCUGCGGACGUAUAUACACAAAAUGGCGGAGGGUUAAACCAAAAGUGUGGGCCCUAUUCAAUGAGCCAUAUUCAUCCAGUGGUGCCAAGAUUCUAGCCACGUUAUCAGUCUUCUUCAUCCUUCUCUCCAUAGUCACGUUCUGCUUAAAAACUCACCCCUACAUGAGAGUCCCCACCGACCAACAACAGCCGCAGCAUCACCAUGACAACCACCCACAUUCGGCUUUCUUCUUCAUCGAGUGUGCCUGCAACGUUUGGUUCACAUUCGAAUACUUGGUCCGAUUCGUUGUCAGUCCGAAUCGAUUUGAUUUUUUACGAGCUCCGGUCAAUAUAAUCGAUCUGCUAGCCACGCUCUCAUUUUACGUUGACGCGAUUGCGGCUCGCUUGCGUCUGCCGCGGGAAGCUCUUGAUUUUUUCAACGUCAUCCGCAUAAUGCGUUUGUUUCGGCUGACUCGACAUUCACCUGGCUUGAAGAUUCUCAUCCACACAUUCAAAGCUAGCGCUCACGAACUCAUGCUGCUCAUCUUCUUCCUCGUCAUCGGAGUCAUCAUCUUCGCCUCACUCAUCUACUACGCAGAAAGAAGCCAGCCGAACGAACGCAACGAUUUCCAGUCCAUUCCAGUUGGUUUGUGGUGGGCUAUCGUCACCAUGACGACAGUUGGCUACGGUGACAUGACUCCCAAGACUUAUUUGGGGAUGUUGGUGGGUUCGGUGUGCGCCAUCAUGGGCGUCCUGACGAUCGCUCUACCUGUCCCUGUUAUCGUCAGCAACUUCGCCCUCUUCUACUCGCACACGCAAGCUCGAGCCAAGCUGCCAAAAAAGAGACGCCGUGUUCUUCCGUCGGAAGCCGUGCGUCCCAAGAGGAACCCCGGCAAGCGUACCGGGAGUACUGGAGGAGUCUCCGAAAAUGGAGAUCAUCGUCAUCACCUCUUGAAGAUGAACUUUCAUCACCAUCACAACCAUCAGCAGCAGUUUCCAAACGAUCGAGUGAGUAACACAAACCUGCACAACAACAACAUGGACGACGACAACACCAUCGUCACCACAACUGUCGUCACUAGCAACAUUGAAUUUUCAAGCAUACAACAGAAUGAACGACGACAGUUGGCAAGCCGACAUAGCGACUCCACGCGACAAACGUUGCUCAAAAGAUUCUCUCUGCGCAAGAAGCGACCAAGUGGUCUGUCUGCUGCUGCUGUUUUUUUUCAUUUCAAAUUCAUUUUUCUCAUUUUUCAUUUGUAA